CUAAGUCAGAAACAUUUUAUCCUCGAUAAGAUUUUUUAAAAUUGUAACAAAUAUAUACUAUGUAAAAGCCUGCAAAACACAACUCUGGUUUCCACGAGUUACCUUUUCAUUAUUGUAUAACUUUUUUCUCGUUUAUACACCGCGUAAGUAGUAAAUAAAAGUGAUGAUAAAAAUCCCCAGCUGAGCUUCGUUGGCAGCCAAGCUAUCUUGACGUUUGCUAUAUUUAGAUCUGCUGUUUGUUUUAACCGGAGCAAUGGGUGGGUGUUCUGCUCCAAACUGCUCUAAUUCAACGAGCAUAGGAAAACAGCUGUUCAGGUUCCCCAAAGACCCUCUGCGGAAGAAGAAAUGGGUGAUGAACUGCAGACGGGACUUCGAGCCCACUCCUCACUCCAGACUCUGUCAGGACCAUUUUGAGCCAUGCCAGUUUGAGGAGAUAGCAAGGUCUCCGGCGGGGGGGAGGAAGCUGAAGCCCAACGCCAUCCCCAGUCUGUUCAAAUGUGGAGAUCUUCCUUACCCAGCACUCACUUCUCCUUACAUCUUGAUGUCAAUGAAGCAUGAACCAGGUUUUGGAGUGAGCCCUCUGUGA